AUGCCAAGAAUAAUGAGGUUCAGCCUAUGGACGGUGAUAGCCGCGCUGGCCUGCGUGGCAGGUGUCACUUCAGAGUACCUAAUGGGCGGGCACAUGGACAACAGUGCGCCAAAGUCCUUGUUGGAAGAGAUCGAAUCUUCUCCGAGUUUGGCAAGGACGGCGCAGCUGGAUGACCUUGACCUGGAUCUUGAUGCAGAGGAGAGCACCGUUGCCCUCUCGACGUCCAACGACGAAGAAGCGCCGCGUUAUCAUCUUCCGUAUCCUUUCGCCUUUAACGGUGGAAGGCCGUUCUCUCUGGAGAAAGAUCCCAUCACUGGGAAGAUCGACUUCGAGAAGGCACCGCCUGUCAAGGCUCUAAAUUUCAGCAGUCGUUAUCAAGAACACGCGAACGAGAAUGAACCGGCCAACAAUAAGAACUCCCAAAAGGAAAAUAAUUCUCACUCGCCGAAGAAGAAGAUGGAGAAUAAUAAGGAGACAGAUGACGUUAGUCCCAAUGAGAUUAACCCUUAUUCGCCUAAUUUUCAUGACUUCCUCAAUCUUCCAGUUCAUUAUUCUUCUGACAAGUACGACAAGGACAAGUACCCGUUGAUAUCAAGUUCCUACGCGAAUACAAAGGUUCAGAGUGGCUCAAAUAGUUACAGCACUUACAAUCACAAGCCCUACCAUGGAGAAACUGUGAUGUAUUAUCCUACCAGGAAGCCGUACGUACCUAAGGCAACUUCGCCUACGACUACAACGACUACGACGACACCUAGAUCGAGGCCAUUCACCACGACUACCACUACUACAACUCCUAGACCAACAACGACCUCAACUACGACAAAACCGACAACCACUACGACUACGACCACUCCUCCAUCGCCAACUGCAGCUUCCACCUCCACGAGAGCACCUGUUGUAACUACCUGGAGGCCUCCAAUGUCCACUACUAAACGAUUCACUGAUCACUUGGAGGAUUACGAUGAUAUACUUCCAAUAGAGAAGCUCCAGGCUUCCAUGUACAAUAAUAAUCAUCAAGGGCCAAAUAACAUAGUGCAGCAUACACGAGAUCCUCAAACGAAACCACCGGUGAAGCAUGAGGAGUAUAUCGACAGCUAUGAGGACUAUGAAAUCGGUGAAGGAGAGGAUAUGAAGGACUACGUUUCGAUGAAGGAGCCGACCAAUGAAGUUGUCAGAACUAGCACGUUACCUACCACGACACAAGCUGUUCUUAACAUGACCACGACCACUGGGACUCCAGAAACUACCUCUAUGAUCACCACAACGACAAGUAUGCCAUCGUUAUCUCCAUCGACAGCGUAUUCAUCACCAGUGCCUCUAGAGAGCACUUUCCACAGCAAUUUACUGCCAUUCCAAGGUCUACCGCAGCGUCCAGUAACGUCUAUGCCUUUGGACAAUGAUCCUAGAGUGCCAUCAGGGUUUGAGAAUGAUAAUAGAAGGCAUGGUAUCGCGGAUAAUGUUAUCAUCAAUCAGGGAUAUCGACCAAAUACGCUUAUCAAUCAAAGACCAACUGGAUUAGGCGGAGGAAUACUUGUAGAAAGUACCAGUAACAUAGUGAUUCCACCUGAUCAGGAUACAGUGUCUUUUGUACUUGGCAAUCGACAGAACGUUGAAGGUGGCUACUAUUCAUUGGGCACAGCGAUUGGAGAGAAUCCUUAUGGUGGUUCCACUGGUAUCGAUGUCUCUUUCCGGCCUCUCUACGGUGUUUCACCGGAUAAAGCUAAUUAUGAUCCACCAGCAGACCAUCGAGGAAACAUUGGUUUGCCCUCGGUGUCUGUGUUGGACAACAAUCCUACUUAUGCAGCUCAGACAUGGAUGCAGCCCAAUCCUUCUAGCCCUCAGAAGCUACCCAAUGAGAUAGAACCUUCCAGAAUUCAGAAUUCGUUCGUCAAGGGUACUGUGCUGCUCGAACAAACAGAGGACAAGAAGGAGGAUAAAGAUAUCAACUUCGUGGUGUUCCCAAAGGAUGAACCUAAACAGCCAGUAGAGGAACACAUCGUUAUCGUGAACGAGGCUGAUGGCACUGUACACGAAAUCACAGCUUCCUCCACAACGUUGAAACCUAUAAGGAUGGAGCCUCCAGUUCUCAGUGAGGAACACCUCCCACAACUUUCGGAGAACCUAACUCCACCGGCUGAACGACCAAAGCCACCACCACAGUUCUAUUAUCACUAUCACCAUGGAGGAACGACUAGGCCAGACCAUCCCAGACCUCCUCAAAGAUUACCAUUGCCACCUCGUGGAAAGCAACCACCGUCUCCUCUUCCCCCACCACCACCUCCUUCAGAGUCAAUGGGAAUAAGAAGACGUCCUUACUCUCCGGAUUCUAAUCUGCCAAAUAUUCUGCCACAAUUUCGACCAAACGCCAAGACAUCACACGGACAUCGUGGAUCAGAGGCCAUUGGAACGAUUCCAGCUGGUCAGUCUUAUCCACCUAGAGUGAGGCAACCUGUUCAAUCUCAUCCUCCAACGAGAAGACCCAUGCCACCACCUCCACCCUCUUAUCUUCAGAGACUGAAUCCUCCUCCUCCUCCAAUUCACGCUCUCAAAUUAGCCGGUGCAGCCUCUACGAAAACGGAGAGCAUAGUUCCACCUAGAGAGGCGGAAUCAACAGUGAAGAGGUUUCGUCUCCCAGCGGUACCAGUUACUUCAAGGGGCGAGGACGACGUCAAACUUGCGCAUCGGUUGUCCAGUCAGAAACUGCGACUUGAGGAGGAGGAACGGUCGGAGCGUUACUCGGAGGAGCCACCCCAGGUGCCACCUAGACCUCCUCUGUUCCCCAAACGAAGAACAGCGGAUUCUCCACACGUAGCAACUCUUCAGAUGAUUCAGCAGCAUGGGGAGUUUGAGGAGGACAUCACAGAGCCAAAUCUGUCAGCUAUGAAUGCAAACACAAACGAUGAUUCAGACAGAAUUGUGAUUGAACAAGAAGCAGACAGAAGAAAGUUCGACAGUCAUGAAACCAUGGCUGAGCCACCAGUUUAUGUAGUCUAUCCUGUUAACACUGCCGUGAACAUUCACCCUGAUGACUCUAGAGAAAAAGAUGAGAGCGUGGUAGUAGGUACAAGAGGUCCUCAUAGACCUCUUCCACCAGAAACGCUUCUUCAAGAUAACGAGGAUGAAGAAAUUGACGAAGAGCCAAGUCCUCCAAUUCACAAUAUAUUCAACGGACGACCAGUUGCCUCAGAUUUCCCGUAUCCUUUAGAACGUCCUGAUCCUUCUAUUCUUGUUAAUGGAAUGAGGGAAACGCCUUUACUGGUGCCCAGUGAUCAGAAACAACAGGAAGAAUCUAUGAAAGAGAACACGGAAGAGAAAGAUGACAAGGACUCCAGUGUAAACGUCAUACCGUACUUACAAGACUUUGUGCCUUUCCCAGCGAGGAAGAACGAUGUUAUCUCGGCAACACUUCAUCGUCUUCCAGCUCUGUCGUCGUCUACACCGAUUGCCUACGUCUACACGCCAACUGCGCAAGCAUCUCACCGUCUUGACGUGGAUAUCAGGGACGAAGAGAGCUCCAAGACUGACAAGAGUGACCAGAAGCCUGUUCUUCUACCAUCUCAACAACCAUCUAGCUCCUCCAGUUCUGCACCGUCUCCGCAGAACUUCAUGGCGCCGUUUGUAGCAAGUGUCAGCGCAGAAGCACCUUCGAAGAACGGCUGGAGCGUCGUUGUGGUCGAACCUACGAUUAGCAGGAAGUCAGACGACGAUUCUUCUGAGAUUACAUCGGAUGCAGAGGAAUCUCAGACAGAGAAAGCUGAAUUCGACGCUGAGAAUUUCAAGCCGCAGCUGUUUGGUGGCUUCAAGCCGAUUUAUGAGUUUCCAGCGCAGGAUGAAGACAGGCCAGACGGUCGAGAAUCCAGCGAUUUAGACUUAGAGGUGGCCACGCACGACCAGGAGUCGGCUGAUUCCACAGUUUGA